GUUAUCAGGAGCCCAAUCAGGGGCAGACAAGGGAUCAGGCAUCACACAUGAAUCUCUUCCAGUUAUUGGAUUUUUGCUUAAAGUUCUUACAUACAAAAACGUUUUAUUUGGGAAUAUGCACCAUAUGAGCACUAUAUUAACAAAAUUUUGACAGGAUCCUAUCUACGAGACAGAGCCUUAAGAUCAAUCCAAUUACCACUACCACAAAUCAAUCAACAGGGUAUGGCUGCAGGGUAUUUAGGGCCCCUGGAGGUCUUGGGCCCUGCUUGGUAAUCCAGUUCUGUGGGUAAUCCAGACAUGGAUCCCACUGAUCAUGUAGUUCAUGACCUGACCCCUAAUGUGACCCCAUACUGUAAUGAAUUCAGGUUUCCCUCUCUUAAUGAUAAGAUGAAGGACCUUGUGCACUGCUAUCAAUGUGCGUAUUUAUGUCUGUGUGUGUCUGCUGCACAUAGCAUGUAUUGGUCUACGCAGCAUUUGUCUGAUGACCUGACUAGGUCUGAAAUCAGCAGCCAAACCGCAUGUCAAAUGUUUAGGAAUGUUUAGAUAACAACAUCACGUGGUGCAGGUCUGAGUCAUAGACCUGAAUUGAUAGAGCGGCCAUUCCCAUUCAAACAUUUACUACGUGAAAGGCCAGGUUAGCAGCCGCUCCCUCCUAAAAUUACAGCCAUAAACGGUUUGGCUCUGUGGUCACAGAAAUCGCCGUUUGUUUGGUGACAGUCUUGUCAGAUUAUAUGGACGCCAUGUAAGGAAUUUCCUUUCUACCCAGUGCAGAUCUGUGCUCUGAAUCCUCUGCAGUCUGCAUCAGCAAAGUGUCUUGGCAUCACUUCUCGUCCUUCCUCCGGUGUCCAUUCCGGCGUCAUGUGAAAGGGCUUCACGGUGGCUUCUCUCGCCCUAGACCGGACCCUCCUCCGUCGAGCUCAUUCGUCAGCACCGACGUCCUCGCCCUGGUAGUCCCCGUGGGGUAGUGUCUCUGUGCCCCCGCUGUCCCCGGUUUAUCCUGCACCCUUCGGCGUGCGGCGGAGCGGAGGAUGAGCGAGCAAGGGAAGGGCUCGGCAUCCGCCUCUGCCGCGGCCCCGGCACCAGGGUCGGAUACUUACAAAGGCUGGCUUUUUAAAUGGACCAACUAUCUGAAAGGGUACCAGCGGCGAUGGUUUGUCCUCAGCAACGGCCUGCUCUCAUAUUACAGGACGCAGGCAGAGAUGGCCCACACGUGUCGUGGAACAAUCAACUUAGCCACGGCACACAUCGACACAGAGGACGCCUGCAAUAUUGUCUUGAGCAGUGGCGGCCGCACCUACCACCUGAAGGCUAGCACGGAAGUGGAGCGGCAGAGAUGGGUCACAGCACUGGAGCUGGCCAAAGCUAAAGCCAUCCGCAUGAUGAAUGAUCAGUCUGAUGACUCAGGAGACGAGGAGCCCACGUCUCAGUCGGACCGCAGCGAGAUUCAGGGCACCCUGAAGAUACUCGUGAGCAAGCUCGAUGACCUCAGCACGUGUAAUGACCUGAUCGCCAAGCAUGGGGCGGCCUUGCAGCGUUCCCUGAGUGAACUCGAGGGUCUGAAAGUCCCUGUGGAGGGAGGGGAGAAGAUCAAGGCAGUCAACGAACGAGCCACCCUCUUCCGCAUCACUUCCAAUGCUAUGAUCAAUGUGUGUCGAGACUUCUUGGACCUAGCAGAGACUCACAGUAGGAGAUGGCAGCGGGCGUUGCAGUAUGAGCGAGAGCAGCGUACUCAUCUAGAGGAGACCAUUGAGCAGCUAGCCAAGCAGCAUAACAGCCUGGAGCGAGCGUGGAGAGAAGCACCCACGCUUGUUUCCAGCACACCCAGUGCCCCUACCACCAACAAGGGAAGUGAGAGGCCGCUCAAAGAAGAGGCAAGUGAUGAAGAUGAGGAUACUGAAUAUUUUGAUGCCAUGGAGGAUUCCCCUGCAUUUAUCACAGUGACUGCCACUGAGAACACACAGCACAGGCGAUCUCAGAGUAAUUUGAGCGGAGCAAGUGGAGGUCACCCCAAUGACUGGAACCAGGACGACCAUAUGUCUCCAAGCUGUAAUGAUGUGUCAGGGAAGGAGCUGCAGCCCCGCAGACAGAGGCGGACUCAUAUCCCUGACAAGCCCAACUACUCCCUCAAUUUAUGGAGCAUCAUGAAGAACUGCAUUGGCAAGGAGCUCUCUAAAAUCCCAAUGCCUGUAAACUUCAAUGAGCCUCUGUCGAUGCUGCAGCGUCUCACUGAGGACCUGGAGUAUCAUGAGCUAUUGGACAAGGCGGCACGCUGUGACUCCUCCCUGGAGCAGAUGUGCCUGGUCGCUGCCUUCUCCGUCUCCUCUUACUCCACCACGGUCCAUCGGACAGCCAAGCCCUUCAACCCCCUCCUGGGCGAGACCUACGAGCUCGAUCGCCGGGAGGAGUUUGGCUACCGCUCGCUGUGUGAGCAGGUGAGCCAUCACCCCCCUGCAGCUGCACAUCAUGUGAUUUCCCAGCGAGGCUGGACCCUGUGGCAGGAAAUCACCAUUGCCAGCAAGUUCCGUGGCAAAUACCUCUCCAUAAUGCCUCUGGGUGCCAUUCACCUGCAGUUCCACUCCAGCGGGAACCACUAUGUGUGGAGAAAGGUCACUUCCACAGUGCACAACAUCAUUGUGGGCAAGCUGUGGAUUGACCAGUCGGGGGACAUUGAGAUUGUGAAUCACAGGACCAAGGAGACCUGCCAACUCAAGUUCUCUCCCUACAGUUAUUUCUCCAGGGACGUUCCAAGGAAGGUGACAGGUGUGGUGGCAGACAGUGGGGGCCAGGCUCACUACAUCCUCUCUGGUACGUGGGACGAUAAGAUGGAGAGUGCCAAGAUCAUCCAGAGCAGCCGAGGGGGCAGUGGAUCAGAGGGCAAGCAGAAGACCGUCUAUCAGACUUUGACCCCCAAACUGCUGUGGAAGAAAUACCCUCUCCCGGAAAACGCUGAGAACAUGUACUACUUCUCUGCUCUGGCAUUGACCCUGAAUGAGCUGGAGGAAGGAGUGGGGCUGACCGAUAGCCGCCUGAGACCAGACCAGAGGCUGAUGGAGGACGGGCGAUGGGAUGAGGCAAACUCAGAAAAACAGAGGCUAGAGGAGAAACAAAGAGCUGUGAGAAGGAGGAGGGAAGCAGAGGCCUCGGAUGCACAGGAUGAAGGUAGAGAAUAUGAAGGCUACCAGCCGUUGUGGUUUCACCAGAGGAGGGACUCAGUGACUGGAGAGACAAUCUUUGUGUACAAGGGAGGUUACUGGGAGGCAAAGGACAAACAGGACUGGAGCAUGUGUCCUGACAUCUUCUAACCCAAGAACCGACCCCGGAUCACACCUAACCUCAUCGGACAGGGAACUGCUCAGCCUCUGGUCCUUACGCAGGGGGGGCGUGGCUGGCUUAGGAGCACUAUGUGGACCUUUGUGAGCAUGAGAAUGUGUAUGUUUCACACACUCUCGGAUUACACUGUACCUCCAAAUGUACACUCUCACUCUGUUUUUACUAUGGGGAAAAGGAAGGCUUCUUCUCUGAGUAGUCCUCUUUGACACUAUACUGAAACAGCUGUGAGAUAAUGUGUGGAUGUGAGAUAACAGUUGAAGUUGUAACAUCACACAAUAAAGGCACCUGUGCACUCCUGAGAUCAGGUGCUCCGUAAAUGCUACCCACAAUGCACUUUUCUGUGAUCACCCCAUUACAGAGUUUUACUAAUUGGAUAGAAGCCCACAUCAAAGCAGCUCAUAACGACAGGCUGACAACUAACAGGGACAAAAACAUAAAGAGGCACAUAGAAACACAACAGUGUUGAAUAUACGUCAGUAUUUAUGUGGUUACAAGAAGCGUGUCCUCAUCAUCUGUUUUAUUUAGCACAGCUGAGAUUAUACCGGGCCUAGUUUAUAAAUUUUAAAUUAGUUCCCUGUUUCUCGUCACAGGAAUGAUUUCAAGUGCUCAUAUCUGCCCCUUUCAGUUGCUUAAAGAUCGAGGUUAAGGCCUGAAUAUGGUGUCUGGAAAUUUCUGUCUGUUGGAACUGGCUAAAACUUGUGGAGGCCCAAAGUGUUCAAAAUUAAAUAAAUGUAUCAUAUUAAUAACUACAGAUAAACAAUAUAACCAUAAAACUGUGAAAUAAUCAAAUAUGUUUUUUUUAACUCAACUUACAAGAAAUGUUAUCUCUUGCUGCUUAUUAGUAGUAAUAGAGUUUAUUGCAGUUUCAUUUCAACAGUUUUAUUUUCUAUAAUUCCACAUUUAAAAAAAAAAAGAAAAGCUUCAAAAAAGUCUGUGAAUCAGAACCGGCCAAAUACAGACUUUGGGGGAAAAAAGACAAUUUCAAAUAAAAACUGCUAGAAAGAAAUAUCACUGGCUGCAAUAAGCUAUGUUUUCAAUGUAUAUGAUUAUUUCACAAUUUUAUUAUUGGUAUUUUAUAUAUUUUGUCUGUAUCUAUCCAUAUGAUUAGGUUCAUUUCGUUAUAUUUAUUUCAUUUUCAACAAUUUGGGUGCUCAUGAUCAACAGCUAAUGUUUUGUUUUUUUGUUUUUUUAAUCUGUAUUUGCAGCAAUGCAGACCUGUGUUUUAUUUGGUGUGAAUGUUGAGGUUUCCCUCAAGUUACAAUUCAGUAGUUCAGUAGUCAGUUAGACUGUAGUCCAUGUAGAGGCUAUAGCUGCUUAUCCAUUUCAUGCUCUGAAUAUGAAAUGCCUCUAUGCUUCAGUGCAUUUUAGUCAACUAAACAUGCUUCUGACAUUUUCCAUUUGUGAUUCUGUUUAGCAAAAUUCUACAGUAGUCAGUCCUUUAGUUGUAACACGAGUGCAAUCACAAAAGUGCAACAUGAAACUUCAAAACAUUCAUAUCACUCUAACAAGAAUCUCCAUCAAAGACCCUAAUAUGCACUUUUCACUGUGGUUGACCAUAGAUUAGUACAUAUCUCUUUGUUGAUAUUGAGUAAAUUUCACUCUGUACAUGUACUUUACCUUGCCCUAUGGUGCUCUCCCAUAGCAACACAUACCAUAUCCUCACUGAUCGUACAAAGUAUUAAGCCUGCGCCAAAUCACUGAGGCAUUCAGUAGUUACCACCCAGUGCAUUCAGGAACAUGUUGGUUUCCAUAGUGUGCAUUGCACUCGCUCCACAGCCUCUCAUCAGUCACUAAGUUCAGACGUUUCCAGUGGGACUACUCCACAUGAGACUGGAGUGGCUUCUCAUAAGAGUCCAGGGUGGCUUCAGCUGACAGGAGGUCAGGGCUGGUUCCUGUAGCACACCACUGUGCAGUCAGCUUUAGCCAAAGAAGACUCCCCCAGCUGCUGCUCCAGAUUCACUACAGCUCACGUGUAGACCUUUCAUUCACUGUUUGUGGACACUCUGAUCUGGGAUCAGCUCACGAAGGUACCCUCAGUCUUUUGCCUUUAAUUGACUGAACAAGGGAAAGAGUCCUCUGACCUGUGCACUACAUGUCUACGGUGACAAGAGUUUUGAAAACCAGUUGGUAUUUUUUUGUAAUUAAUGUUAGGAAUGUAGAAUUCAAGGCUGGAGGUAUUGUAUCUACCAUCUAGUCUGUUUCUGUGAAUAUUUUGUGAUAAAACAAUGAUAUUGUAAAAUUAAGAAUAACUAUACUAAUCUGAGUAUUAAGUUAUCUGUACAGCAUAGUUCAAAUCUGAAAAAAAAACAACUGAAUGAGCCUGAAGGAUUUGCUGUAAUUUUACUUUUUAAUUCAGAUUAAUUCAGCGAAGAUGGAAGUUAAUCCUGAGGCACCCGCAACUUGGCUGCAGAUUCAUCUUUUCUAUUUCCAUCAACUGUCUUAACACACUGAAAAUAAUUUUUAUAGAGUCCUUGAUACUAGCACAUUAGUAACUGUGGUUCAGGUAUAAUUUCCACUGAUGUUCAGGCCAUAAAGAUGUGAAAAGUGCACUGGAAAAGAAAUUCAUUCACAAUUGAGUACCCCUCCAUGCUGGGUAUUUGGCUGAUAGAGUGAAGGAGGUUUUCAGUUUGAUAUUAUGAGCUCUUAAAAUGUAAAAUGUUUAAGUCUUUAUCAGUGAACUAAUGACUUGACAAUGAAAUGAAUGAUGAUUGAUGGGGUUUUUUUUUGCACAAAAGAUGUUUCUUUUACCCAUUUACAUCGAAGGUUUUAAUGCAUUUUUGAUUUGUGGUUUUCAUGAGCACGGUUUGAUCAUCACUAAAUCUCUUGUCUAGAAUCACAUUCAAAAGGAGUAAUUCAGCAUUUUUGGAAAUAUGUCUUUUUUUGGAUGAGAAGAUUGGUACCUCUCUCAUUUCUCAAGCUACAUCCAGCAGCCGGUUAGUUUAGGAUAGCACAAAGACUGGAAAUGGGGAAACAUAUAGCCUGUGUCUGUCCAAAGGUAAAAAAUCUGUAUACCAGCACCUCUAAAGCUCACUAAUCAACGUGUUAUAUCUUGUUUGUUUAAUCUUCAGGAAGCAAGCUCCCAGCCAAAAAAUUGUCUUGCACACAGCUCCCCAUAAAACCACAACUUGUAAUUUUUACACUUUGAGUUUUGUACAAAUUAAACAAAUCAGAUGUUAAUUAGUCAACUUUAAAGUUGCGUGUAACUAGGUUUUGGACAGAACCCUCUUUCCAGUCUCCAGUCUAAGCUAAGCUAACUAUAUACUGGCUGAAGCUUUGCUGUUGUGGAACAGACAGCAAUAAGAGUGGUAUUAAUAUUCUCAUCUAACUUAGCAAGAGAAAAACAAGCGUAUUUCCCAAAAAUGUCAAAAGAUUCCUUUAAUCUUACUGUACUGCUUGGGUUCUCAUCUCGUCUGUCCACUUCACACAUACUCAAACACUUCCCCCUGCACGUACAUGAAUACAAGCUGCUGAGGUUGUGCACACUUUAAAUCAUAUCAAGGGUGUCACAUCUAAGGAUGGACACUACUGCAGCAAGAUGUUUCAUUUUUGCUAUCUUGAAUACUGUUCUUUAGCAGUUAAUUCUGUAUCAUCACGCACGGUCAUGACAUCUGAAAGAACACAGAUCACUGCAGAGUGGCGGUGCAGAAACUGUACAAAUGGAAAGUUGGGUUGUGAUUUCCUUUUUUUGGCGAUCAAAAUGAAGUUCACUAGAGAUUUACUUUAAUAUAUUGUGUUUGAGAUGAUUUUAUAUUUGAGAAUACAUAUUAUAUUUUGAAUGAUAAUGGAGAGCUCAUUGUAUGUUUUAAUCAAUAUAUUUCCAAAUAACUUGACCUCAGUACUUGAUGGUGACUAGCCUACUGAAGUUGCCCCACUGAGGGCCUGUACAGUAUCAGACAACUGUAGCAAUAACGCAGUGAGGUGUAGAUUUGUUAGUUAAUGGCUGUUGUUGCUUCAAACAGUUGUCUGCCUCAUGCAGAAAGGGGAUAAAACAACCAAAGUGUAAAUGGAGAGUGUACUGUAGACGUUAAAAAAAAGAAAAAAAAAGAAAAAAUACUUUUCAUCUGCCUUCCCUAUCUCAGAGGGAUCUAAUGUAAACCCCCUCUCCUCAUUUCUCUCAUUUCAUCUCACCCAACUCUUAAUUCACUAUGGUGUGAUUUUUUAGCUUUAAUUUUUAUGCUUUUAUUUUCUGUUCUGAUUUCUAUCUUAUCAUGGGUGCCAUUAUUCUUAUGUUGGUGUUUUCAUACUGUUUGUAUGCACAAUGAGCUUGAUUUGUGUGCAUGCGUGGCACACAUUUCCUUCUCAUUUGACGCUGCUCAGUUUUGAGGCAGAGGUAAACUAAUGAAGAUGUGGGGAGAUUUUUCUUGCCUUGUCUAAACUGAACCCUGCUUCUCCUUGGACUGUGGCUCACAGCUUUGUUGUGAGGUGGCGGUGUUGGUAAUAAUCUGUAUCAUGGUGAAAGUUAUGAAACACAUCACAACAGCGGCCUGGUACAGGAGGUCAGGGGUUAUUGACCUGCCUUGACUACUUCUCUUAGUCCCCAGAUACACUUAGGUGUAUUCAAGUGUAACUGCAGAUUCAACCAAGGUUUUGCUUUUUUUUUUUAAAUUGUGUAUUUUCUUCCCUAAUUUAUACUUGUUUAACAUUGUCUUUAAACAACAAAGACACAAUAAUGAAAAAAGAAGAUAAUAAAGUU